ACUCCCACACCCACACCGACCACCAUCUCAACAUAGGGCCCCCAUCUCACACCUUUACGGAUGAUUCCAACGGCUUGUCUUUGCACCGUCUGCACAGACCGAUUGGGAUGCUCUCUUAUUAUGACCUACAUUUUCAUUGUUUUGCCUCUAAAAAGAACUGCUCAGACAACUGCUGUCCCAUGGAAUGUAUCGCUACUUCUUGGCCUGACGUAUUAUUGGACCUCGGUCCGCGGGGAUCUAUUCGUGUCCUAAUCUUCAUUGACAAAUCGAAGUGGGGGUGUUAAUGGCUCCUGCGAAGAAGAAGAUGCACACAUGAUGAGGAUGAUGAGCAUGCGCCCCGAAAUGUCCAUCGUCGGCGCGUAAAGCGUUAAUUCUAAUUGCUGGGACCGGUCUGCCACGCCCCGCCCCCUCGGCUGUCUCCGGCGCUGCUCUUUAAAUAGCAGGUGUUUAAAAGCUCCUGCACUCCAUUCUCCGUUUCGUUGCUUGCAUCACCACCCACCACCACACACUCUGUCAGUCCCACUCAUUCACACCACAUACCCCAGCAGCUAAAGCAGUCUCCCCCCCAAAAAAACAUGUCCUCAGUCAGCACCGAGACGAGUGCUUCGCUGUCCGCCGCGGGCAGCCGAGUGUUUUUCCAGCCCCCGACCGGCGUCGGAUGCGUCGGUUCGGCGGUUCCAAUCACCCGGGACGACCCAGUGCAGAGGAAGCAGGGGAAGGUGACGGUGAAAUACGACAGGAAGGAGCUGCGGAAGAGACUGGUCCUGGAGGAGUGGAUCAUCGAGCAGCUCAGCGAGCUGUACGACUGCGAGGUGAGGAGACGCAUGGGUCCUCUUCAGCGACGGCUCCAGCGGGUCCUUGACUUUCACCCAUGGGUCUUCCGAUGGAUGGGGAUAUUCCGCUCAUAACCGUCCCUCUCAAAGGGAUAAGCCAAUUAGCACGUGCUCUAGUGAAGGGGGUUUCUGGUGACCGACUGUCUUUGUGUGUUAUUGUGUUAAAAUGGUCGGGUUAACUUUGUUCAGGUUUACUCUGCAUUUGAUCAAAUUGUGUCGAGCAGAAAGCUGAGGCCGUUUGAAGGAUGUCGUCGACUGGUCGGUCUCGGAUGCUCUGUCCCCGAAUUGCCCCUUCUCAAAUUGUCAUUCAUUGACUGUAGGCUAUAUAUUACAUAUACUAUUAUAUAUUUUUUAAAUGUCAGCUAAUGUUUUUAAGGAUAUAUGCAUAAAACACACAGACACACACGCAUGUUGUUUUGAAGUUGUUAUUCACUAAGAUGCAUUUUCAAACACAAUGAGCUUAAUGCAACGACUGCACACGAAAAACCUGCUUUACCGUCAAUAAAAUCCCAUCUAGAAGGUAGCCUGAUUGAAAGAGUAGGUAACCGUAGUCCAUUAGGUUUUUGAAA